AUCAUUUCCGUUUUCGACUUGGACUCGAGUAGGUACGAACAGGGCACGUGUGCGAGACGAGAAGAGAUCUUUUAGAUCUUUUUCUUUAAGAGAUACCGGAAUUUAAGAAUAUAAAGCGUAUCUGGAAUUGGCCUUUUUGAAACUGCAUCGUCUGCAUUUUAUUUUUAUAUAGAUACUAUAGAUCGAAUAUUGUUGACAUGGAAAACGGUAAAGAGGAAACAAGUGCCGAUUGCUUGAAUGGUGAUGCUGUCGAUGAGGUUAAUAAAGUGCCAAUCGUUGACGCUGAAAGUAAAAACGAUGCGGUAAAAGCGACCACUGAAAUUUCGGAGAAGAUUAAUGCCGAAGUAGAGGUCAAUAAAACUAUUGACACUGCGGACAAUGCGAGCAAAGAAGCUAAAGAAGAACCACCUGCAGAACUUUUGAAAAAGAUCAAGGAACAAAUUGAGUAUUACUUCGGUAAUGUAAAUAUGCAGAGGGAUAAAUUUCUCAUUGAACAAACAAAAUUAGACGCAGGCUGGAUUCCCAUGACUGUUAUGUUAAACUUUAAAAUGCUAGCUAAUCUUAGCAAAAAUGUUGAUGUAAUUAUGAGGGCUCUGGAAAGUAGCGAUCUCAUAGAGAUUUCUGAAGAUAGAAAGAAGAUACGGCGAUCGCCAAAUUAUCCUUUACCAGAAUAUAAUGAGGAAUAUAGAAAAGCUCAAGAGGCCAGAACAGUUUAUGUUAAAGGAUUUCCAUUAACUUCAAAUAUUGAUAAGCUAAAAGUAUUUUUUGAACCAUACAAGCCAUUUGAAACAAUUGUGAUGAGGAAAUAUCAAGAUCGUAAAGAUAAAGUUUUUAAGUUCAAAGGUUCUGUUUUUGUACAAUUUGAAACUUUGGAUGAUGCAAAAGCUUUCAUGAAUGUAGAAUCUAUAAAAUAUGAAGAUACUGAAUUAAUAAGAAAAUGGGCUGCAAAUUAUAAUGCAGAAAAAGCUCAAGAGAGGGAACAGAGGAGAAAGAAAGCAGCUACUACAGGAAAAAAGGAAAUCGAAGUUGAUAAAUCAGAUCAGACAUCAGAAACAGAUACUAAUAUAGAUACUAGUAUAGCUACUAGUACAGAUAGUGUAGAUAAUAAAUUGCCAAAAGGUUCCAUUAUUUACUUUUCCGGCGUUUCUAAGAUAUGUACAAGGGAAGAUAUAAAAGAAUCUUUAAACAAGUUUGAUGCUGAUAUUGCAUACAUUGAUUUCCGAAGAGGGGAUACGGAAGGAUGGGUACGUCUGCAAGGAGAAAAUGCUGCUAAGUCUUUGUUAGAAAAGACAAAUGAAGGAAAGGUGCUAAUUCGCGAAGUUGAGGUCACUUGCAAAGUUCUUGAAGGUGAGGAGGAAGACAAGUACCUGGCAAAAACGUUGGAAGAAAUGGCAGCAUCGAAAAAGAAAUUUGGCAAGGGAAAACGAAGUGGUAAGAAAGGACGUAACGCACGAGGAGCAAAAAGAAGAAAUAAUAGUCCCACCCCUAACGCAGUUUCAGCCAAAAAGAUGGCUGUCGAGUAAGAUGGAUUCACCGUGGGGUUUUUAAGGCAUAUAAUGUAUAUUACACUGUAUUUUCAAUGUAUUGACAAGUUGUAUAGAAAAGAAACAAUGAAUUAUGGGUAGCAUACUUUAUUACAUUUAGAACUUAUUAGAAGCUGAUCUUAAGUAUAUGUAAGUUUUCUUUUCUUUAUUCAUUAUAUUUUCUCUCUUGAUGUGAUAUAAGAUACUUUGAAAAUAAAGUUUUGUCUA